UGUUUGCGGGGCGGGCUAAAUGGGCUUGCAGGCAGGCCCGCGCCGCUUGCAACCCUACUCUGCCUUGUCUUCUCCCAUCAUUCCCAAGCGUGAGCAAAACCCCACCACCGAAGACUGCCCCGCCGCCGACGCCCGCCUCCAUCCUCUCCUCCAGUUCCUCCUAGCGCCGCCGCCCGACUCCCUCCUCCAGCGCCGGCGCCCAAAUCCCUCCUCCAGUGCCGUCGCCGACUCUCCGCCCGCGUCCAUCCUCCGGUUCCAGCUUACAUUGGUCCAUCCUCUCCUCUGCCCCCUCCUCCAUCCUUCAUCAGAUUCAGACGGUGAAGCACCCAGUCCCAGUUCAGGUUCAAACAGACGCUCCGCACGAGCUGGAGAUGGAGGUGGAGGUGGCCAAAUAUUCACGGGGGCAGGGUGCUGACCUGAAGGCGCUGGGGGACAAGAAGUUGAAAGGGCAGCUCAGUGUAAAAGAGAAGCUAUAUGGCCAAUCUGCAAAAGCUGCUGCAAAUGCCGAAAAGUGGCUUAUGCCUAAUGAUGGAGGUAUUUUAGAGCCUGGUCAUUUGGAGAAAACAUAUAGAUUUUCACAAGAGGAUAUAUUGACAGAGGUGGAUCUUUUGAGUUCAAGAAAACCAUUUGAUAUGAUCUUACCUGUACUCGGUCCUUAUAAUAUAGGAUACACCUCAAACGGCCGCUACAUGCUAGUAGGCGGACGAAAAGGCCACCUUGCAAUGAUGGAUAUGUUGCAUAUGGAUCUUAUCAAGGAGUUUGAGGUGAGGGAAACUGUUCGUGACGUGACAUUCUUACACAAUGAGCAGUUGUAUGCGGUCGCUCAAAAAAAGUAUCCCUACAUCUAUAAUCGACAUGGUACAGAAAUACACUGUCUGAAGGAACAUGGAAAAGCACUGAAGCUCCAAUUUCUGUCUAAACAAUUCCUCUUAGCAUCGAUAAACAGCUUCGGGCAGCUCCACUACCAAGAUGUGAGCACUGGCGAAAUGGUUGCAAAUUAUAGGACAGGUCUGGGCCGCACCGAUGUUAUGCGGGGCAAUCCUUACAAUGCUGUGAUUGGCCUUGGGCAUGCUGGUGGCAAAGUUACCAUGUGGAAGCCAACCAGUGUGAAACCCCUUGUUACCAUGCUGUGUCAUCAUGGCCCGGUGACUGCUGUUGCAUUUGACAGGGGUGGCAAUCUCAUGGCAACAGCAGGUGUUGACAGGAAGAUAAAGAUCUGGGACCUGAGGAAGUAUGAGGUUGUGCGUUCUUACCCAAUGCGCGCUCAGUCUUUGGAUUUUAGCCAGAAGGGGCUGUUAGCCUGCAGCAAUGGAUCUCAGGUAGAGAUAUACAGGGAUUUCGGUGGGCAUGACUAUAGGCUUUACAUGAAGCACAAGAUAGUGAAGGGCUAUCAGGUCGGGAAGGUUGUGUUCCGCCCCUACGAAGACAUUCUGGGGAUCGGGCACUCGAUGGGCUUCUCUUCCAUCCUUGUCCCAGGAUCUGGUGAGCCGAACUUCGACACCUUUGUUGACAACCCGAUGGAAACUACCAAGCAGAAACGUGAGAAGGAGGUGCAUGCUCUCCUGGAUAAACUCCCUCCGGAGACCAUUAUGCUGAACCCGAACACGAUAGCCACUGUACGAGCUCCGAAGAAGAAAGAGAAGAAGACCAAGGAGGAGAUUGAGGAAGAGAUGGCAGAUGCCGUGGAGGCGGCCAAGAACACUGAGCGCAAGAAGAAGACCAAGGGCAGGAGCAAACCGAGCAAGCGAGCCAAGAAGAAAGAGGAAGACGUUUUCAAGGCCAAGAGGCCCUUCCUGGAGCAAUCUGAUAAGGUGGAUGGGCGACCUGACAAGAAGCAGCGGAUAGGUGAACUCCCAAAGGCCUUGCAGAGGUUUGCCAAGAAACCACAAUCAUAAUCGUCGUCGUUAACACAGGGUUGGGAUUUCACAUUGGUAUUUCCAAUAUGUAGAAUUUCCGCGUGAGCACAGAAGAAUGUGCCGAAAUUUUGUGCUGAACUAUUUUGGUAUUCCAGCGAGCAUGGCCGUGUCAGCUGAUUUUUUUUUUGGU